AUGGAGCACUUCGCCGCCGCGCGCAGCUGCCUGGACGAGGCCUUCGAACACGUCUGCGACUACAUCUCCGUCAAGGUCGUGUUUGGCGACCUGCGCGCGUCGCUGCUCCUCGGCCUUUACGCGCCCUCGCCGCAUGCCGCGGGCAUUUCCGCGCCGCUCCGCACCCUGGAGGGCACUCUGGGCGCGCUCCACCGGAUGCUUCCCACCGAGUGGACUCGCCGCCGCGUGCUCUUCCAUGCGGUGCUGCUCGAUCCGUCUUCGGUGCGCGACUACGCCCUCGACGACGUCACUGUCUUCAGCCACGAUUUGCGGCUCAUGCAGGAUUUCUUCGUCGCCGAGAACGAGGUCGGCGAGCCGCAGGGCGUGACGCACGCGGAGGAGUGCCUCGCCUCGCUCAAGCUGCUGCUCGGCAUCCUCGACACGCGCUCCGAGGUGCUCGUCGAGCUGAUCGCCCGCCCCGCCUCCAUCUCCACCACGCUGGUCGGCCACCAGAACUUUCGGCAGCACGAGCUCUACGUGCUGCUCGCGGGCAAGGUGCUGUCCAAGCGGACCGACAGCGCCGCUCGUUCGUGGAAGGCGGCGCCGGUGCGGGGGGCCGUCAGCUAG